CAUGAAGGCGCCCACUUAUCGGCCCAACCUGCCUCGCUAGCACUGUAGCAGCCCCGCAGUACAUUGCGACUUAUCCGUGAAGGAUGCGCUGGGCGACGAGGUUUACCAUCCUGAGUCUCGCAGUGAUAGUCGAUGCCUCUCAGCAGCAGUUUCUCAGAGUACCCGCUAGCGUGAACCAAUCAUGGUUAUCCCGACCAUGGGACGAGCGGCCGAACGGGGAUGCGACAGGCAGCCUCAUCUUCCAGUCCUUAGCUGGUCUAAUGCAGAUGAAGGCAAACUCAAAACACCCGCGAGGGCAUGCCAUCGUCCGUGCAAGCAUCCCUCCGGGCACGCUGCUCUACCACGGCCGGCCAACGACAGAUUUCCCCGCCCGGGAUUGGAUCGCCUUCGACCCUGAGCACUCGCUCCUCUUCACCGGAGGCCCGAAUGGCACCCUGUUCACCUUCACGACUACGCGCGAACUCACGCUUCUUUACUUUGACGGUUGCAGCGCAAACAUGGCCGAGGGCGUCGUCGAUACGCAGGACUUGCUCUUCUUCGGCCAGCUCAAGCACAAGCCUAGGGGCUGGACGGCGGAGCUAGAGCGGAUCCAGCACGGAUGCGCGUGGGGCAAGCAGCACACUUCCCUUCACCGGUGGGAAGUCAAACGCGCCGGGACAUGGCACAACAACUUCCCCGGCGAGGUGCGCGUGCACCCCGACCCCUCCACGCUCAUUACUUUCUUCGACCCAUCCUUAACCUCGCUCGUCGAGGCGCGGCGCUCCUUGACGCGCAACGAGUACAAUGCCGGGAAUGCCUCUCGCGAGGACGUCGCCCGCGUGCGCGCGGACGUUGCUGAGAUGGUCGCACGCGAAUCCGGGGCAAGGAGCGGUGUGGACUGGGUGGACCUCGCGCGCGUCAUUGAGGACAGAUUCGCGGAUAGACUGCCAUAUCUGCAACACCUGCUGCACCAGCCGGUGGUGAACGCGUCGGCGCAGGCGGCUGCGGUGCGCAAGCAGCUCAUUGUUUCGCUCGUCCCGUACAUGCACCGCGGCGCCAUCGGUACACCUGAAUGGUUUGUGGACAUCGCGCACGGAUGCGCGGCGCGGUUCACGGAACGCUUGCCUGUGUCGAGGUUGACGAAGCAGGAGCAUUUGCUGUUCCACGCUGUGGAGGAGGUGCUCCACGAGAUUUGCAGAGUGUAUACUGGGGCGUGGAUGGAUGUAUUCGACGUGGAGGCCAAGAGUACGGAGGUCGCAGCGCGCUUGCUAGAGAAGUGGAGCGGCGAGUUCGACGCGUUGACCGAGUGGUUGGAUUGGCCUGUGUGGAUACAGUGUCGUCCUGCUUGCGAUGUGAACGAGUAUUGUUAUGUACCGCAAGGUCGGCCUUGGGGCCAUCUGGAUGACCAUGAGCCACGGUGUCUACUAUUAGAGGACGAGACGUUCUGA